UGAAAUGCAGACGGCAGUCAGUGUAUCAAUGGUUCGCACGGUCGUCCGUACGCGUUCCCGCGAACUACAAAUUACAGCGCACCAAUAUUUUGUGUAGUUUUCUACACUAUUGAGCAAUAAAAAAAAAUUGAUAACCGCGUAUCGCUUGACUGUAAUUUUGUCGGACAGUAAUUAGUAAUAAUUACUAAUACACCAUCGAUCGUCAAUUAUUUAAACAUCAUUUACGCAUUGACCCGAGGACGGUCUUAAAAAAUAAUGAUAAUUGUUAAUUAUUUAUAAUAUUGUAUCAUAUAUUUACGUUAUAAUUUUCGCGAUAUUGUCAUUACUCAUUAGUCACUAUAGUCACAUAAAUUACGACGUCGGUCAUCGGUGAAGAGAAGUACGCGCGGGCAGUAUAAUAUUAUAAUAAUAUUAUACGCUGUCGAUUUUCCUUCCUAGUGCGCGUGCGCGAGUCAGUGCACGCCCGUCAACGGAACGUGUAGUGUUGCGAGUCGUCGUCGACGACCGUUGUGUUUGGGCAGUGUGUGUCGCGUACGUGUACGACUCAGGUGUGUAAUAUACGCCUUCGACAAGUAUUUUUCAUUCGCUGCUGGUGGAAUUUGGAGAGAAUCCGUAAACGGGUUCAUAACUCUUUGGAGGAAUACGAAACGUGUGCACCGAUAGCCAACAACUCUAAGCAAACUUUGAUCGAAUUGUGCCAUCACUGUACUUCGUCAAAACACCCAGUGGCCAAAGAUUUACUGUCAAUAAUUACCAAAUUACAUUUUAAGUCCCUUUUAGAAGUACAUGACAAAAUAGCGAUAAAGAGACUGAAGAAAACAUUAGAUACCUCUGAUUUACCUCCUACUCCUCCUUCACCACCUCAACAACAAAACGGAACUAAAAUGUCUACCCAAACGUACAAAGUAAUUGGAUUGCGAAAAAAACCAGACGAACCAUUGGGUUUAACUGUUGAACAAGAUGAAAAUGGAAAUCUCAUAGUAGCAAGAAUUUUAGCUGGAGGUACAAUUGAUAAACAAGGAUUAUUGAAAAAAGGAGAUGUCAUAUUAGAAGUAAAUGGCGAAAGAGUUGAAAGUCCUGAAGAUUUAUUAAAUGAAGUUAGCCGUAGCAAAGAUACAUUGCAGUUUCGAAUUGCUCCUGGAUUUUACCAUAAAAAUACAAUUCAAACACAACAAUGUUAUAUGCGAGCAUUGUUUGAUUAUGACCCAAUGGAAGACACUUUAAUUCCUUGCAAAGAAAUUGGUUUAACAUUUAAACAUGGAGACAUUCUUCAGGUUCUGGAUCAAAAAGAUCCUAAUUGGUGGCAAGCAAAAAAAGUAGGCGAUAAUGAACUUCCUGGAUUAAUACCAUCACAAGAAUUGGAGGAGAGAAGAAAAGCUUUUGUAGCUCCAGAAGCAGACUAUGUUCAUAAAACUAGUAUUUGUGGAACUAGGAUUUCUAAAAAAAAGUGUAAGAAAAUGUAUCAAUCAAAAUGGAAUGGCGAAUUUGAUAAAGCAGAAUUGAUAUUGUAUGAAGAAGUUACAAAAAUGCCUCCUUUUAAGAGACGUACCCUGGCAAUAAUCGGUACAACUGGUGUGGGAAGACGAACACUUAAAGGUCGUCUGAUAAACAGUGACCCUCAAAGAUUUGCAGGAGUUAUACCAUAUACAACACGACCACAAAGAGAAUUAGAAGAAAAUGGUCAAAAUUAUUGGUUUAUUGAUCGUGAUCAGAUGGAACAUGAUAUAAGAGAGCAUAAAUUUUUGGAAUAUGGUGAAAAUGGUGGCAAUUUAUAUGGCACAAACUUGGAUUCUAUUCGUGAUGUCAUCAAUCAAGGAAAAAUGUGUGUUUUAGACUGCAGUCCAGUGGCUUUAAAGAUGCUUCACAAUUCUUCAGAAUUUAUGCCAUAUGUAAUUUUCAUAGCAGCACCUGGUGUUGAGGUAAUGAAGAGCCUGUAUGAUUAUUCGAGAAAUAUGGGUUAUUCUAGUCGUACAUUGACAUUUGAUCGCCAAAGUUCCAUUAGAUAUAGUUCUAGAAGAGCCCGUACAUUAGAAUCGCUUGCAUCAAUUUAUGAGGAAGAUGACGUAAAGAAAUCAUUGGAAGAAAGUGCUUGUUUACAACGUAUGUACGAAAAGUACAUAGACCUAGUUAUAGUUAAUGAAGAUUUUGAUAUGACAUUCCGUAAAGUCGUUGAAGCCUUGGAAAUUAUAUCUAACGAACAUCAAUGGGUACCUGUAAACUGGGUAUAUUAAGAUAAAAAAAAAAAGGUUUAAUCUCUGUUACUUUUGAACUAGUUGAUAGAAUACAUCUUAAAUGUAUAGCCUUUUUCAUACCUUUAUCACAAAACACUAUACAAUUAUAAGUUUAAAUAAAAUAUAUAACUUAUAGAUUAUCAUAGAAUCUAUGUUAAUUACAUUUUUAUUAUUGACUAUGUAUAACAUUGGAUUUACCAAUUAAUUUGCUUACUUGGUUAUUGUUAAGUUCCUGCAAAUAAUUAUAACAUUAAUUUAAUAUUAUUGUGAAUAUGUUUCCGUCCUUAUUUUUUUUUAGCAACAUUAGCAAUAUUUAUAAUAAAUUAAUAACAUACACAUGCAAUUAGUGAAAUUCAUCAUAUAUUUUUAUUUAAUUAAAUGUACAAUCUACUUUCGUUUGGUUGUUGUUAUAAUAAUUAAAUUGGUAACUAAUCACUAUUCAGUAAUAUAUAAAAUAUUACGUUUCACUGUAAAAUAAAACUACCAAAACAUGAAGCUUCCUUCAGGUUUUUCAUGUACUUUCUAAUUUGGAGGUAGAGAGUAGUGCGCUUUUCAAAUAAUUGUAUAAGCUUAUAGGCUAGGAAGUUUAAAGUGAGUAAUGAUUAGGUUAGAUGAAAAAAAAUGACGUAUUAACUUUAUCAGUUUAAUAGUUUUGAAUUUAGUUAAUAAUUUCUUACAGUUUAAAUAUGGAACUUAUUUCUACUUUUUAUUGUCUUUAUAGAAAUUCGAUAAUAGAUAACAAUAUUAAUUAAAAAUAAACAUCUGAUGAUUUAUUUACUAGAAAAAAAAUAUGACUUUAAUUUUUUAUAAACUAAAUUAUAACUUAAGAAUUAAUUAUACUAACAAUAAACUUAUUUAUUUCUCUUGUAAGUUACAAAUAAUUAAAAUGAUUUAUUAUUUUAUUAUUAUUAUUUUUUUUUUUUUUAAAAAAGAAAAUAUUAGAACUGAAUAUUGUGUUCAUUUAAAAGUAUAAUUACUAAUUAUAUUUGUAUAUUGUGUUGUUAUAAUAGUGUGUAUAAAAUUUAUCAAUUUUAUUUGGUUAUUUAAUAAAUUGUUCAAUCCUAACAAACACAUACAUGUACAAUGUACAUUGAAAAUUUGCCAUUUCAUCCAGCUUUGCACUAUUAUUAUUUCGUAUUGAAUGUUAUAAAUAUAAUGAUACUAUCUAUAUUUUUUUUUCACGAGGAAGUAUAAUAUUUUACUUAUAAACUUGCAUGCAUUAUAUCAAUUUAAAUAGUAUAAAAUAAAUAUUGUGCAAUUUCCACGUGUAUCAAUACAAUAUAAAUAUUAGAUAUAUUUAUAUAUUUGCAUUAGAUAUUUGUUUUACUGAUUUUUAAUAUGUACUAAUAGUAUAGAUUAUAGUUUUAUGACAUAUCAUACCAUUAUAAGUAUUAUGAUAUAGGUAGGUAAUAACUGCAACCAUAAGGCAUGCCUACCUAUAAUAUAUGUAGUAAUGUACCUUUAUAUAUUGUUAAAAAGUACUGUUUGUGGAACAAAACAAAUUUUAUUAGUUUACUAUAUUUUGUAUUAUGUACAUUCCGUCCAACAUUGUAAUCUCGUAUUUUUAUUUAUUUUAUGUUUAAUAAAGACAUUUAUGUAUUGUUCAAUUUUUCAAUAAAUUGGGCUACUCUAUAUAGUA